AUGGUAUCACUCUGGGAAGAAAUGCAUAAAGGUCAUAUAGGAAGAGAUGCAACCUAUGGGAACUACAAGACUAAAUAUUAUAAUAUGGGAUUGUAUUCUUUUGUAUCUGAUGCAGUAGAUACGUGUGACAUUUGCCAACGAAAUAGAAUAAAAGGUAUAACAAAGGAUUUUGCUCCAAUUGUAGAUACCGAGGAAUACUCAAGAUUGGUUUAUGAUUUAACAUCAAUUAAAGGUGAACAUAAAGAAAAAGUUACAUACGAUGAUGAUAAUGAAAAGAUACUAACUAAACUAGAUGAUCUUAUCCAAUAUGACUCUGUACAACCGUACGACACCGAUGUUGUUUACAUUAUUCUAUGCAUAGAUUCUUUUACAAAAUUUGCUACUGGAAGAUGUUUGACAACAAAGAGAACAGUUCCCAUAUACAAUUUUUUGGCUCUCACGUACUUUGGCAAACCUGUGAAAGUAUGGCACUGCGAUAAUGGACGUGAAUUUAAAAACAAAGUCCAAAAAGAAUUCCUAAAACUUUUUCCAGGCUCCAAGUCAGCACAUGGAGCUCCUCGUACACCAACAACUCAAGGUAUGGUAGAAAGAUUGAAUCGAACUAUCAAGGAGAGGAUCUCAAAAUUAAAACAACAAGAUAGAUUAAAAGUAGAUUUAAAGUGA